ACGACAUUAAAAUCUUCCCCAUUAAACAUUUGACAGAUCAACAGCCGACUAAAUGUGUUGAAAAAUCGGUCGAUUGUUGCACCGACGCUUAUGGAAGAUUAACACAGGGAUCAACCGAAUAUCACCCGAUUUAAUUGGGUGGGUCGACGCAAUCCUACUAAAUAGGUGGAUAAAUCGGUAUUUUAAGUAAAAUCCAAGCAAGUUGACCUACUAAACAUCAGAUUUCCUCGGUCACCCGAUUUAAUCUAGCGACUAUAGUCAGUUAAUUGCUGUGUUAAACUUCCAUAAGCGUCAACAGUUAAAAUUUUAUAUUAAUCAAUAACUAAAUAUUUCGUUUCAUAAAUUUUCAUUAGUUCAACGAAAUAAUAUUAAGAGUAAAAGGCCAAUCAACGGUCACUUUUGUCACCGUUAUCAAAAGCUUGUCAAAACGUCUGAUAAAAGUGACACAUACUUCAAAUGUCACUAUCGGGCUUCUGUCACUGUCACUUGUGUCAGAACAGAACAAUCCUCGUAAGCAACUGUCAAUCAUCUUUGGUGCUGUGUGAAAGAAACAUCAAACUCGGAUAGAAAAUUUUUGGUGUCUGAAAAAUUUAAGUAUUUCCGUCCAGAAUGCCGCCCAGAAAGAUAUUGUGUGAAGUUCGCGGUUGCAGACAGCGCUCGAAGAGAAUCGAUAUCACCAGCUUGACGUUCCAUCGGUUUCCGUUGGAAGUGAAAGAGGCCGAGCAGUGGUCUCUCUUCUCGGGGAGUGCGGCCGCCCAGGAGAAGUUCAAAACCUUGGGCUCCGUUGGCGUUCGGAAGUUGUGGAUGUGUUCGCAGCACUUCGAACCAAACUGUUACAAGGUGCCGGGUACGAAAGCCAACCUCCGGUAUGGGGCCAUACCAACGUUGGACGGACCAUCCGAUGAGCCGGACGUCGAAGAUGUUGAGCCAUUGGCCGGGACGGCACCUAAUGUGAGUUACGAAGUGUCGUCCAGUGAUGAACAAGAAGAAGGUAAUUCUUCGGCGGUGGCGGGAACUGAGCCGUCGAUCAGCGCGCGCAAAAGGAAGAAGGAGAAACUCGACGACCCAUUCUACGACUUCCUCGCGGACAACGAUGACGCGGACAAAGACGGCAAACAGCAAAAAUUUCGCAAGGGGCACCUUCCGUUCUGCGUGUGCAGCACCUGCCGUAGCAACCGGGCGGCCAAAGCCAUGGAAAAGAACAUGGCUCCGAACAAAGCCAUCCAGACCGCGGACAACGGGCCCCAACCAGACGCUUCUCCGGUUCCGAUGGGACUAAGUCAGGACUCGUGUCGACUGUGUUUCAGCACCGACCAGCUGGAACCGCUCUGUUCCGGUAUGAUUGUGGUACGGGACGAGAUGCUGGACAAGAUCUACGUCUGUACCGGCGUGCUGAUCAUACCGCGCCCAAAGGUGUCGAUCUUCAUCUGUACGCCAUGUGCCCAAUUGAUCAAUAGUUUCCACGCCUAUCGACAGCAGGUGUGCAGCAACAACCAGGCUCUUUUGCGAACAAUGGCCUUAAAGGCAUUGAAGACCAGUGCACCUGCUCCCAAAAUUCAAAAAGUAGCACCCCUCCCCCCUCAAAAAGUCCGUAAAGUCGUAUCGGUUCCGAUCAAACGCAAGCCUCCGGUAGGUCUAAUUCCGGUUAUUGAUACACCUCCAAUGCUGAGCCCACAGAGCCCACCGGUACAGUAUCGUAAGAUAGCCCCAAAGUUACCCAUGGUGGUGGAACCGGAGGUGACUGUAGUUCCACCUAUAAAGGACGAACAGGAUGACCCGCUGGAAGGAUGCGGCGAUACGACGCAGAAAGUUGCCCUUUCCAUGGCAAGAACGUCCAACAUAUUGGUCAAGUUGCAGUCGAAGCCCAUAGUUGUGAUGAAGAAGGAACAACCCGGCCCGGCCCUGUUGCACCUGGACGCAGAAGAGGGCCAGGAUGGUUUGCCCGAAGGAGAACGUUGGCAGUGUUGGCACUGUGAGAAUUCCUUCCCGUUCCAGUUCGAGUGUGCCAAACAUCUACUGCAGGUGCACGAGGAGAAUGUGGGUUCGAUCAAGAGGCGCCUGAAGUUGGACGAGCUGAAUGCCAACAUGCUGCAAAUGAUGAGUUUGAAUCAGAAAAAGUAGGACUGGCCGAGUCAUGUAAGGUAAGCUACUACAAUAAUUUGAAGCACUGAUUUUCGUUUAUUUAAAUACAAUCAAAUGUAGUUCUCCAGG